ACUUUUUUAUGGUAUAUAAGAGAUUCAGAAUUUUGAAUAAUCAUUAAACAACAAAAUAUUUGUAAUUAAUAUAAUUUGAGUUAAAAACUAUCAAACUUUUAAUUCUCUCCAAACAUGCGUUCAAUGAUUGCUGUUUUGACUCUACUUUUCGUUGUAUUCACUAUUGGUGAAAUGGCGAAUGUCAAUCAACAAUUCUCAAAGACUAUUCCCAAAGUUACACAAGACUUUAAAGCAGCGUUUGAUAAAGACUUUAAACAGGGUGAAAUGGCAAAUGUCAAUCAACAUUUCUCAAAGACUAUUCCCAAAGUUACACAAGACUUCAAAGCAGCGUUUGAUAAAGACUUUAAACAGGGCUUAAAUGUGAGCACUUAUGGCGCGAAUGGUAACGACUGUUGGGUGUGUUCGAGUCCCUGCUCUAUGAUAUACUGUUGUGAUGACGGGUACCCCCAGUGCUGUGUUGUGGGCGGUUAUUGUGCCUGUUGUUCACAUUAACCUAACUAUAAUUCAUGCCAUAUUAUUAUUAAACAACUAACAAGUAUCUGUAAUGUUAACAAAUUUUAUUAAUUUGAUAAAUUUAAUAAAAAUAAUUUUUAAUUUUUAAAAAUUCAUUGUAUUAAAA